UUUUGUCCCCUCGACCCUAUUUCCGCUGCGGAAGGCGCCGCCGCGGCCGCCGCUUCGUGUAAACAAACGGCGUAAAAAACAACGGCGAGGUUAUUUUGUUAUUUUUCGGGAGGGGGGACGAAGUGGUUGGAGGGUGUUACGAGUGUGAUGGACUGAAGCGGAGGGAGAGAGGCGGCAGCAUGUCCAUGGAAGACCCCUUCUUCGUCGUCAAAGGCGAGGUGCAGAAGGCCGUAAGUGGCGCUCAGAGCCUCCAUCGCAGAUGGAGCGAGUUGCUGCUGGAAGGGGGCGCAGCCUCCAAGGAGGAGAUGCACUGGACCACCAACGAGCUGCGGAACAGCCUGCGUUCCAUCGAGUGGGACCUUGAAGACCUCGACGAGACCAUCGGCAUCGUGGAGUCCAACCCAAAGAAGUUCAACCUGGACGCUGCUGAGCUGGCCAAGAGAAAAGCCUUCAUUAGCAGCACCAGACACACCGUCAAGGAAAUGAAGGAGCACAUGUGCAGUAGUCCAGCUGUGGCCUUCGUUGACAAAUCGAACAAACAGGCGCCGCUGGCCGACGGCGCCGUUUGCGAUAAGUUCCAGCGGUUGGAGCGCGAGCUGCGCAGCGCCAACUCCAACUUGAUUGAGGAGCAGCAGCUUCAGCAACAGCUGAUGGCGGAGCGGCAGGACGAGCAGUUGGAGCUGGUGUCGGGAACCAUCGGAGUCCUGAAGAACAUGUCGGAGAGGAUCGGCCUGGAGUUGGACGAGCAGGCCGUCAUGCUGGACGACUUCGGCCAGGAGAUGGACAACACGCACUCCAGACUGGAUAAUGUCAUGAAGAAACUGGCCAAAGUGUCCCACAUGACCAGCGACCGCCGCCAGUGGUGCGCCAUCGGUGUGCUGCUGGCCAUCCUCUUGGUCAUCCUCCUCCUCUUCUUCAUACUCUGAUCGACGGAUGCGCUGACUCGUCUCCAUCCUCUGACUGUGGACCAGAGGUCAUAGUUCACCUUCUACCCUGCUGAGUGACACUGAACGGUUAACGGUUCACAUGUCAAAGAGCAAAUGUGUUUGAAAUGUACUUGUACUAUUUUCUUCCCAACUUAGGGCACUUUAUACUUUUGCAGAAUAACACUAAAUGCUUGCAUUUUU